AUGAACUUUCCUCCAGACGACAUUAAAAUCCUGGUCGAGGAGAUUGCCGAGCUGCUUCUGGCACGCAAGCAGACCCUCUCAGUUAGUGAGGGUGCGUGUGGUGGACUUCUGAGCGCCUACUUGAUCUCUCUGCCUGGAGCGUCCAAGUUUUUCGAUGGAGGUCGUCUGGUGUAUAGCCUCAAGUCUCGGCUGAAGUUGAGCGGCUGGAAUACGGACCAGAUCAGAGACUACACGGGGCCGAGCGAGGCAGUGGUGCUGCGCCUGGCCAGGAAUCUGCGGAUCGAGUUUGGCUCCACAUAUGUGCUCUCGGAGUCGGGUUUUGCUGGGCCAUCCACCAGUGUUGGACUGGGAGACCAGGAGAGCAUCACCGACUCCUCGAAGCAGGGAGUCGUCUAUCUGGGAAUCAGCGGCCCAUACGGAGACAGAUCGUGCACGGUGAGCACGGGAAGCGAGGACAGGUCUGAGAACAUGCAAUUGUUUGCCAAGAAGGGGCUGGAAUUUCUCCUCAGGGUGUUGAGGACAGAGGGGUGAGCAAGCAAUUUAAAAUUUUUAUCUUCACUAUUAACAGUCUCAAUUAACAAUCUCCUUCAAUGCCUGUCUGAUGCUGUCGACACCCUUGACGAGGUCCUCUUUUGAGAUAACCAAAGGCGGAGCGAGUCUGAUGAUGUGCUCGUGGGUUGGCUUGGCCAAGACGCCAUGAUCCUUCAUCUUCAGACACAAGUCCCAGGCCGUCUUGCCGUUGGUCUUGGUGUCGUCGACAACGAUGGCGCACAGAAGACCUUUGCCUCUGACCUCCUUGAUGACGCCCUUGGACUCCUGCUUGAGCUUCUCGAGUUCUCCCUGGAAAAAUUGGCCGAGCUCGGCAGAUCUUUCCACCAGCUUCUCGUCCUUCACCACCUCCAGAGCCUCAAUGGCCACGCGCGAGGCCAGAGGGUUGCCGCCAUACGUGGAUCCGUGGGAGCCCGGCUCCAGAGUGUGCAUGAUCUCCUUGGAAGACAGCACGGCAGACACAGGCAAAACACCUCCCGAGAUGGCCUUUCCAAGAAGCACCAUGUCUGGCUUAUUUUCUCUAGGUAAAUAGUGCUCCCAACAGAGCAGCUUUCCGGUUCUGGCAAUGCCGGUCUGGAUCUCGUCGGCUAUAAGCAGAACGUUGUAUUUUUUGCACAGCUCCUUGACGCGGGAGAAGUAGUCUUUUGGUGGCACCACGAUACCGGCCUCACCUUGGAUUGGCUCGAUCAGAAUAGCGGCGAUCUUGUCGCCCGCGUUGGCGAAUGCCAGCUCGACGUCCUCGAUGUUGCCGUAGCGUAGGAUCUGGUUGUCGGUUCCUGGAAUGACAGGACCCACUUUUUCGAGGUAUGGGCCAAAGUGAUCUCUGGCCUCUGGAUCGGUGGACAUGCUGACAAUAGCCAGCGAUCUGCCGUGGAAAUUGUCUGCGCAGGAUAAAACGAUGGCCUCAUUUGGAGCAAUGCCCUUCUUCUUGUAACCCCAUCUUCUGGCCAACUUCAAAGCCGUCUCGACGGCCUCGGCACCGGUGUUCAUUGGAAGAACGCACUCGUAGCCAAAAAAUUCAGUCACGUAUUUUGCAUACGAGCCAAAAAUGUCCGAGGAAAACGCUCUGGAUGAAAGAGUCAGCUUGUGGGCCUGCUCGACAAGUGCGUUGAUGAUACGAGGGUGGCAGUGGCCCUGGUUGACGGCAGAAUAGGCUGACAGGAAGUCGAGGUACUCGUUUCCUUCGGGAUCCCAGACCUUGGCGCCCUGGGCCCUGGAGAACACCACAGGGAGUGGGUGGUAGUUAUGAGCGGCAUAUUCGUGCUCGUAUUCGAUAGCCUUGGCAGAGGACAGGUUGAAC